AUGUAUUCGAGACAUCAGAAGAAUUCGAACCAUCAAUCAACGGGUAGUAGAGAUGGACAAUCUCAAUCUCUUUUCCAAAAACAACCACGGAAUAGGAAUGGAGACUCAGUGAAACUGUUCACAAAUCUUCGAGAGAUCAUUUUCAAGGAGGGAUUCAAGAUAUUCAAAUACACCGUCAAUGUCACUUAUAUAACAAUGAAGGAUGGUGGAAAAACGGAGACUUUCGUUGAGGUCUCGAAAUCAAUAAGAAAAGAUUCCCAGCUGGAACAGGACAAGAUCAGAAGUUUCAAAGUGGUCAAGGAAGCAUUCAACCUGAUCAACCAGCUCAGAGAGGACCGUCGACCGAGAUUCUAUGACUGUCAAGGAUGUCUGUAUACGUUUGCAACGUUUUUAAAACCAAGUUAUUCGAUCACUCUCAAAGAUGGAAUCUCAACAAGCCCGGUUUUUUUGAGAGCCAGCUUCCAGAUGACCCGAUCUCGAGAAUCAUUUGAAAUGACCGUUGAGGAUAUCAAAAACACAGUGAGCAAGUAUCCUGGAAAUGAGAACAAGUCCCUUUUGUACGCUCUGAAGACAAUCAUCGAAGGAAUGAUGAAUCCAGUUUUCGUAGAAACGUCUGAUUUCAGAGAUACUGCUUUUCUCGCUCCCGAUGGAAUGCUCCAUCUAAUCAAUGGCAAAACUGUUGGAUUGGGUCCAAUGGAAUUCGAGGAAGGAAUUCUGAGGUCUUCAGCUGGGAUCAAAACAGAAGUUAAGGCAUUGGAAAGUACUGGAACUCCAAAAGUGUUUGCCUCUCAUGACCUGAGAAAUGACUUGUUUCAUCCGGAGAAAGCCCCACUUUUUGAUGUGCUAGCUUCAUUCAUGGGGUUUCGAAACGAUUUGGAAGCCACAUCGAAUUUAGCCAAAAAGAUCAGCAAUGCUGUCUCUGGAUUAGACUUUACACUCAACUACGGAGACUAUCCGGAUCUUCAGGAGGAUGAAGUCAUCUUCAAAAUCGAUGGAUUUUCAAAGUCCGCCAAUGAAAUCAAACAGAUAGUUGCUGAUAAGGAGAUGAGCUUGAGAGAGGUUUUCAAAGCGAAAGAGAGAAUGAUAAAUGGAGAACAACAAGAUGUCGACUUGUAUUACGGAGGAAAACCUCAUAUCACCAAGAAGUACACGGACGACAUGGUAAUAUCGAUGUUCUUGGAAUCAGCGGCCCCUGGAAUCAGCUUCAGGAAACAAUUGGAAUUGAGAGGAAUUGUCUUGAAGAAACCAAAAAUUGUUUUCCGCAAUGGCAGUGCUCAGACAUUCCUACAACCAGUGUCUCUGAAAAAAUGGACCGUCGUGUUUGUUCGAAAGGAGGAAGUGGAAGACCUCGUCGAAAUGCUGCUAGAGCAAUGGAAUCAACAUGGAAUGGAGAUUGCUUAUCCAAACGUUGACUGGAUGGGCCAGGAUAAUAAUUUGGAGGUGGUAUUUCACAAAGCUCAGAAGCGGGAGAAACAAUUGCUUCCAUUCGUUACGCAUAGUCGUUAUGCACUUCGAAAGGACAUCGAGUGGAUGGAGCACAAAUAUAGGAUUCCAUCGUUGGCGAUCGAUUUAAAAAUUGCAAGAAAAAUGGUAGAGGACAAGGCAGUCAAACUUGAUUUGGCAGAUCAAGUGAACAAAAAGACCCAAGGAGUCAAUUAUGCUAUCUACAGCGAUGUGUUUCGAAAUGGGAACGAUCUUGUGAUAUCCAUCUCCUUCUCGGAGCCAUCUCCCAAAUAUGCCAAAGUAAGAAUAUUGAUUUUAUUCUCUCACAUGAUUUUUUGUUUUCAGUAUCCCUUCACCGUUGGAUUCGCAGCAAACACUUCCAACCACCCGCUAGUGUUCACAAGUGAAUUCUUGUAUUCCAACUCGGAUAAUAUGGAUUCGGGUGCUGUGCUCACAGAAAUUUUCUACAAGUGUCUCACCGGGACUCGAAAGAACCGAGGAGAGCUUCCAACGAGGUUGAUCAUCUAUCUAGAUGAAGUUCCGGAAGAAGAGUUCUGGCGCAUAGAUCAUCAUUAUGAGCCCAGUUGUGCCGAGGCAUGCAGUCAGAUGGGUGCAGAAUAUAACCCUCAAACGACGAUGAUUGUGGCUACUCAGAAGCACAACGAAAGAUUCUAUAAAAUCGAUGACAAGUGUCUCAUUUGGAAUCCAGAGCCGGGAACUAUCAUCGAUCACACCGCGGUUUCCCCGGUCUUCAACGAAUUCUACCACAUUGGGCCAUCCACGUCAUACAAGAGCACAGUAAAGCCUGCGAAGUAUACUGUAGUAUACGCAUCCGACCCAGUGGAUAUGGAGCAUCUGGAGCAGUUAACCAACGACUUGUGCUACUGGAAUCAAUUGAAGUCGGAGUUAAUCAACGUCCCAGCUCCAUUGGACAUGGCGCAGAAAGAAGCCAGCAAAGGGAUACAGUUUUUGAUUGAUAACGGAGGACCAAUUUAUAUGGAGGAUGGAGAGGUAGAUCUGGCCGAGACCAAUGCCAAAUACGGAUAUGGGAAUAUGAGCGAAAAGCUAUGA